AUGACCGCACCAAAAAUAGUUAACCACAAAAAAUACCGUAAAGUUAAAGAAAGUAAACAAAAAUUAGAAACAAUCAACCACGAGGCUAACCAGGCAGCAGGCGCUUUAAUUAAUGAAAAUGCGGAUCUAAAAAAACGAACAACCGCUCAAAAAGAAGAAAUUGACAAAAAAGCCGCUGAAAUCAGCCGGUUAAGAGCCGAAAAUAAGAAAUUACAAAAUAGAAGAAAAGAUUCCGGUUAUGAAGAAAAAGAGGAAGAAGAAAUAAUUAAUAGGAUUAAUGCUGAAAAGGCCAAAAUUGAAACCCAAAUUAAGGAAUUAGAAAAACGACCAACGGCUGAACAACUGGCCGAAGCCGAGAAAAAAAUGCUUGAUGCUAAUGAGGCCAACAUUAAACUCCAAAAUCAAAUUGCCAGCCUAAAAAAAGACUACAAGCAAGCUCAGAAAAUUUUUGACAAUAAAUUAAAAACCCAAGAGGA